UACGGGAGCAGUUGCAUUAUGGGAUGUGCAGAUGGCAGCCUCCAGUGAAGGAAUUCAUGUCAACAGAGGAUUUUUCUUGGUCCAUUAUUCAGGGAGCUACGGAUGAAUUCAGGCAUUUUGGAGGAGAAAACCAACCAUGCUUGAGAUUGAAAGGAGAUCGAUAAAACACCACCUCCACCUCAUCCUCCCAGCGUCCCUUUGGUUCCCGCAUCCUCCAAAUUAAGCUUAAUACAGCCACGACCGCCGUCAUGCCUGGUGAGGAUAAACCCCCCCAACAGGGCCGCCAGAGGAAGAAGAACAAAAAGUCCCGCUCCAAGGCGAAGAGCCCCGGCGAGAGCCCCAGCACCCGCCUGAGGGGCACGUUGGACGGUCAGGAUGACCUGGCCUUGCCGCCAGUGCUCCAGCCUCCUCCGAAGAAGACCAAGGAGGAGAGGCCGAGGGUGCCGGUGGCUAAACUGGAGGAGGAGUCGUCCGUCGCCAUUUGUCUCCAGGUGCUUUUCCCCUACCUGCUGGCUGGCAUGGGCAUGGUGAUGGCCGGCAUGGUUCUGGACAACGUGCAGCAUUGGGAGGUGUUUAAGGUCAUCACAGAGAUUUUCAUCCUGGUUCCGGCUCUGGUUGGACUCAAAGGAAACCUGGAGAUGACCCUCGCUGCUCGCCUCUCCACCGCUGCCAACACGGGACAAAUGGACGACCCUGAUAAACAAUGGAGGAUGGUUUGCAGCAAUCUGGCUCUCAUACAGGUCCAGGCCACGGUGGUGGGCUUCCUGGCCGCGGUCGCCGCCGUCUGUUUAGGGGCCAUUUCUAGAGGAGGGGUGGAACUGGACCAGGCAGCCGUCCUGUGCGCCAGCAGCAUCACCACGGCGUUCGUAGCUGCUCUGUCCUUAGGCCUGGUGAUGAUUGGCGUGAUCAUCGGCUCCAGGAAGGUGGGAAUAAACCCCGACAACGUGGCCACGCCCAUCGCCGCCAGCCUGGGGGAUCUGAUCACCUUGUCCCUGCUGGCCGGGGUCAGCAGCACCCUCUAUGAAUACAGGGAUAUUUGGUACCUGUCCCCUCUGGUGUGUCUGGUCUUCAUAGCCCUGAUCCCCAUCUGGGUGGUGGUGGCCCGGCAGAGCCCUCAGAUCAAAGAGGUCCUCCGCUCGGGGUGGCAGCCGGUCAUAGUGGCCAUGUCCAUCAGCAGUUUUGGAGGCCUUAUACUGGACAAGACAGUGAGCGAUCCGAACUUCGAAGGGAUGGCCGUCUUUACGCCCGUCAUUAAUGGAGUGGGCGGUAACUUGGUGGCAAUCCAGGCCAGCAGGAUUUCAACCUACCUGCACUUUUGGAGCAUCCCGGGGGUGCUGCCCUACAAGAUGAGGCAGCACUGGCCCAACCCCUGCAUCACCUUCCUCUCCUCAGGGGUGAACUCCAAGUCGGCCCGUGUGCUGCUGAUGCUGGUCGUCCCUGGUCACCUGGUCUUCCUCUACGCCAUCUCUCUGCUCCAAGGAGAGGAGGCUCCCAUCAGUAUAGCCUUCACCGUCUGCUACCUGUGUGCUGCCCUGCUGCAGGUGGCCAUCCUCCUCUAUGUGGCCGACCUCAUCGUUCGCUUGAUGUGGAGACGGAGUCUGGACCCCGACAACUUCUCCAUCCCCUACCUGACGGCCCUGGGGGACCUGCUGGGCACCGGGUUCCUGGCCCUCUGCUUCCGCUGUGUCUCACUGGUUCAGAGCCUGGGUCUAUAAAUAUUUCCCAUGAACUAUUUAUUAGCCGGCCACUGUCUUAAAGCACCAACGUUAUUACAAUUAUUCAGAAAUGCUUUUAAAAUUGGACAAUAAAGCAUUUUCUUGGUCUUCAUCACCGGGACAGUUCAUAACCAAGGGAAUUCUUAAAUAUUUUAACCAAUCUAGUUCUUAUUUUUUUUUUCUAAGUCUGUCCUUUUUGAGCAUCUCAAACUGUAUGUUGAACUUUAGUUUACAAUCAUUCCUCAUUAUUUGUCUUUUAGUUUUCCUGCAUUAACUAAAUUUGCUCAGCUUGUCAGAGAGGAAUAUGUAGCUACUUAACAUAGCAGCAAGACGAUGUGACAGCUGAGAGUAGAACUGUGUAGUCGACAGUAGACUUUUUAUUUUUAUUUCAGACGGCCUUUACUGUGAAUAAUGGUUUGUUUGAACUUGUGGACUGAGCAAAAAAAAACAAAACAAACAAAAAAAGACUUGAAGCAGCCCAUGUUGGGGAAUGCUGUACUAUGCAUUAAUGCUGGAGAUUAUAGACGUUGACAUAUCUCGUACACUGACUGGAAUAUUCAACAAUUCCCAUAUAUAUAUAAUUAAUGAGUGUAAUUAUCAUAACUUAUUCUGAAAGAAUGGCACACACACACACUUCUUUUGUGUUCAUGCACAUCAGGUUCCAACAUCCUAACUCAGCUAUAGAGGGUAUACAUUGACGUCACUGCCGACUGGGGCCACGCCCCCCUGAGUGGCAAAAACAUGGCUAAAUGUAGGAGACCGGGGAAAAUGUGGAUUAUCAGAUCAAAUUCAGGACAAUUGGACUCGACAAUGAUCUAAACAAACU